AUGGCCGAGGAAUCGAGAGAUGAGGAGGGGACUAUAGUCAGAACUACUCCGAUGCAAACUCCUUCUGCCCAAGACGAUAAGUUGGACAAGCUGUGCAACAUGUUCGAGAAAUUCAUGACGAACCAGGGAACACCUAAUCAAGGGACUCCCAACAUUCGAAAGCCUGUGAAGGCAUGCCAACUUUGCAUGGCAAAUUCGCAUGCAACCGAUGAAUGUCCACAAGUUUUCGAAGAGGAAGAGCUUAAUGCUAUUGGGCAACAGCCAGGAGGAAAUAACGGGGGGCAAUAUCAGAAACCCUUUGAGCCUUACAAGCAGCAGUUUAAUAAUCAAGGGUGGAGACAACACGAGAACCUUAGGUACGACAACAAUAACUUUUUGGGGCCAAAUCAAGGGCAAACGAGUAAUCCACCACAAUACUCGCAACAACCUCAACAGGCAAGAGGAUCCUCCCUGUCAGAACUUGUGCAUCAAAUGGCCCAACAACAAGUGAAAUUCCAGCAAGAGACCGAGAAGUUCAUAAUGGAGACGAGAGAAGGAAUGCAGAAUGUGAACUCCCAACUGUCACAUCUUGCCCAAGCAGUCGCCAGACUUGAAAGUAAACAAGGGGAACUCCAUUCCCAAGUGGAGGUGAAGAAGGUGAAUGCUAUGACACUCAGAGGAGGAAAGGAGUUACCCGAGGUUGUAAACAAGAAAAGCCAAGAAGAGCCAGAGAUCAACGAGGAGGUUGGAAUGGGAUCAGCAGAUGAGGAAGAGUUUGCCCAAGAAAGAGAGGCCAAGAGAAAGGCAACAGGGAAGGGAAAAGAAAAAUUGAGCCAGACUGAGCCCAUAAUCCCCUUCCCAGGCAGAAUGGCCAAGGAACAAGAGAAGGAAGAACUAACUGAACUGGUGAAAAUCUUCAAAAAGGUGGAGGUCAAUAUGCCCCUUUUGGUCGCGCUACGCUCUAUGCCCAGAUGCGCGAAAUUUCUCAAGGAACUCUGCACUCGGAAAGUCAAGUACACUGAUGAUGCAAAAUUUCAAGUGGGCGAGUCCGUGUCCGCGGUCCUACAAAGAGAUAUGCCCAUAAAAUGUGGGGAUCCUGGCAUGUUUUAUAUCCCAUGUGUGAUAGGAACAAUGAAGGUAGAAAAGGCAAUGCUCGAUUUAGGGGCAUCCAUCAACGUUAUGCCCUUAUCCAUGUAUCAGGACCUGGAGAUAGGACCACUGAAGCCUACCCGAGUGGUGAUCCAACUGGCAGAUCGAUCAAACGUCUACCCAGAAGGAAUACUGGAAGACGUUUUGGUCAAGGUAGAGGAGCUCAUCUUCCCGGCGGACUUCUACAUUCUUGACAUGGGGAAGUCAAAAGCACGUGAUCCGGUUAUUCUCUUGGGAAGACCAUUUCUGAAGACCGCCAGGACUCGUAUAGAUUGUGAUACGGGCAAGCUAACGUGUCAGUUCGAAGGGGAAAUGGUGACCUUCGACAUAUACAAUGCCAUGAAACAUCCAGCUGAUACAGAGAUGGUGAAAAGUGUCGACAUGAUCGAGAAAGUUGUUGAGAAGGUUUUGCCCAGAACAACAUUCAAGGAACCAUACGAUGUAAUUAUCAAGAAUGGCAUAACCGAGGAGGACUUGCAAGAGGAAUCAUUGCAAGAGGCGGUGAAGAUGCUAAAUGCAUGGAGCGAAGGAGUCAACCACACGGAGGCUCUAAAAAUCCCCACCCUAAAGGAGGAUGACCAACUUGUGCCCUCGAUCCAACGGGCACCCAAGCUCGAGUUGAAGUCUUUGCCCAAACAUCUCAAGUAUAUCUUUCUGGGCGAUAAUGGCACUUUGCCCGUAAUCAUCAAUUCAGAGUUGACACUCGAGGAUGAAAACGAAGUCAAGGCGACUUUGGGGAAGUACAAGGAAGCAAUUGGAUGGACCCUGGCCGAUAUUAAGGGCAUAAGCCCUACAGUAUGUAUGCACCGCAUAUUACUAGAAGAAGAUGCAGUUCCAGUCAGGGACCCCCAGAGGAAGCUAAAUCCAGCCAUGAAGGAAGUUGUGAUGAAAGAAUACUCAAACUAUUGGAUUUGGGCAUAA